AUGGCCAAAUCCAAGUCCUCCACCGCCUCAUCAUCAUUAGCGCAACAUUCAGUGGUAGCCGCCGCCGCCGGGCCCAUCGGGAGUAAUGAGGAGGCAGGAGGGAAUGGAGAUACGGAAGCGCGGAUUGCGGAACUGGCGGCGCGGUGUACAGCGUUUGUGGGAAAGGUGGAUGCGUGGGUGGGCGAGAAGAGGAGGGCGGUGGGGGAGGUUAGGAGGGGGUUUGGGGAGAGGUGUCAGGGGAUGAAAGAAUCGGAGGAAGAGCUAAGACGGCAGAUCGAGCUACUCAAAAGCAAGCAGACUGAAUUACAACGAGCCCAAGAACGCGAACGUCAAGAAACACUCGAGAUCCAAACCGAGCUCGCCAACCUCCAGCAGCGCCGGGAUGAGCGCGACCAUGUGCGUGAAGACCUGCUUGAGCGGAUUCGCGACCGGAGGGAUGAGAUUCGGCGGCGGAAGGAAGAAUUGAACAGAACCCGCCUCGCCCGCGAACAGCAACAAAGCAAGAGCCGCCCGGAACUGGAGUGUUUUGAGGAUAAGCUCGCGAUGGAGGUGCGGAGUAUCGAGAACGACGUCCUUGAAUUCAUCUUCACGCACAUCAACCCGAAUGACUGGGACCAGGAAUUCACCUUCACGCUUGACCUGCAUCGCGGGCGGUACCAGGUCAUAUCAUGCAACCCGCCCCUCCCCGCACCAACGACACCGUCAACGAAUACAGCAUCAGCGGGACAACAGCUGACGACAGCGCCACAGCCGACGUCGAUGGCGGAUUUGGUCCAGUUCCUGACGCAGACGGGCGACUUUCAUGCGUUUUUGAAGCUGGUUAGACGGGCUUUCAAGGCGAGUUUGGGCGAUGUGGGGAGUGGGGGUGGGCUGGGGAGUGGGAAGUAG